AUGAAGCUGUCACUGGUUCUUCUGGGAUUGAAUAUUGUCUACAAUGCCGGGACUGUCUCCGCUGCUCCACUAGACAGCUGGUCAGCCAGGUUCGGUGCGUCGUCGCACGCGGUGGAAAUGUUCAAUACUGCCAUCGAAUGGAACGACAAGUACUGGGAUAACGAGGCCGGCUAUCUGAUUACCUCAACCAGCAGUCGUGGACGCUACGAUAGUCGGCACACAGCCUGGUAUGCACCUCAAUUACUAGCCAGGAACGGACCGGGCGAUGUUGCAAAAGCCAUCCGCAUCUUCGACAAUGUCAUCUCUGGUCAAUAUAUCGAUCCAUCCAAACAGUGGUAUGGCAACUAUCAACAAGCGCCUUCAGAACCGGAGCCUGGGACGCUGAAAUAUCCUGACGAUGGUCCAUACAGCUCGUGGGAUCCAAACAUUCGUGAUUUUGUGGGCUGUGCCUGGAUCGUGGCCUUGAAUGACUACGGCCACCUUCUCCCAGCAGCGACGGUCUCCAAGGUGGAAAAGUCGUUGCACAUCGCGGCCAAGGGCGAUCUCUAUCGUGUCGGAGGAGUUGAUGGCGACAAUUCUUACCCCUGUUACUCCAAUCCCUGGUUGAUGCGAACGAUUCUCCAAAACUGGGUUGGCGCACGAGUUGGCGAUGCAAACUUGACCAACUCUGGUGAGAACUUCGCGCAGGAAAUCUACGACCUCUGGAGUAUCCACCACACAUUGUCUGAAUUUAAUUCUCCGACGUAUGCUGGCGUUGCCAUGUGGGCACUAGCUCUCUGGAACCAGUACGGGGCAAGUGACAGUUUGUUGAAAAAGUAUGGACCGGAAAUGCUCGAAUACAGCUGGAAUGAACUCGCUCAGCUCUAUAAUGCAAAUCUGAAGAAUGUUGCUGGCCCGUGGGAUCGGUCAUAUGGCUAUGAUAUGAAACAAUAUGCAUCUCUUACUGGCGCUGUUAUUUGGGGUGUUGUUGGCCGUGAACAAGCCCCCGUCCCUCAGCAGGAGCUGGGGAUGUUUCAUCAAGACGAUUUCGCGUUUUACCCUCUCUUCGCUCUGUCAAUGCCUGAAAUGGUAAAAUCUCUGCCUCUAAGGGCAAAGGCAAAUUUGCUCGAAUUCCCUGGCGAGUAUAUGUACACUUCGCAGGCUUACUCGCCGCCCUUCGAUACUUAUCCUCGCAACAUCACUACUUGGAUGUCCAAGAACGUGACCAUUGGCGCAGAAACGGUUGCCGAGACGGUUGUCGGAGGUCCCAGUAUCAACCCCAGUCAAUUUAGUCCUGCUGUCAUUCAGUGGGCUAUUGACAAUCAUAAGAUCGGCUGCAUUUCACACUGGGUCACAGAGUCGUCUAUUCAUGCCGUGGCCGCCCCUGGGUCUUUGGACAUCUCAUAUCCAAAUGCAACAUCUGCGCACGGUCCGGUCUCUUUCAACUUCCUGUUCAGUGGCAUCACGAUCAACAACGGGUUCAAUGUGACUGGACUGGAAGACCUACCUGGUUUGAACCUCAAGGUCUUGACAAACGCACAACCGGAUUAUACAAUCACUUACAACACUGAUCACUCUGUCAACGAAUUUGUGUUUUACAACAUUACAUAUACAAUGCCUGAGAGUUUCACCGGGGUACCAUUUGUGUCGCUUCAGGUAGUUUGA